AUGCGGUCGUUAGCGUCUUUGAAUGCAUUGCGCGAUGCCAAGAGGCAAGAAUCCUCGGCCUUGUUUUCACAAAAGCAAGUCUUGAUGAAGGAAGUAACAAACAUUGAGAAUCGAAUUCAAGGCUUGACGAAUGAAUUGAUGGGACUCGACGAUCAAAUUGAAAAGCUAGAAGAACAGCAACAUCAACAACAAUUCGAAGAACAUACGACGCUACCCCAGCAUCAACAGGAAACAGUCAAACACGAACAACCUCAAUCGCAACCUGUUACUUUUUCCAACAGCCCCGUGUCACCGAACGAAAAUCUGACGGAUCCCAAUACGCAAAUGACACAAGCUAGAAACUCGCAAACUCAAAUGUCUUUUGACUACGAUGUCGAUGUUGAUGACGAUGAAAAUGAUUAUGGGCCAGCAGUGACGCCGCAUGGUGGGCAUAAUGGGCGGGCCUCAAUAGCAGCUUCCUUGCCACCCUUGGAUCUCACACAUGUGCCGCGAAAUAGCAACGCAAGACGGGUCAGCAAUGUGGGUGCCGAACAGAAACCGGGUUUGGCUGCCAUAGUAUCACCCACUUGUCGCUUCUCCGAACUACAAAUUCAACAAGUACUGAAUGGCACCUUUAAGAUUCCAACCUUUCGAGAGACUCAACAGGAUAUCAUCCAAGCCACCCUCAGUGGACAAGAUUGCUUUGUGAUUAUGCGUACUGGAGGUGGCAAAUCUUUGACGUAUCAACUUCCAGCUAUACUCGAAGGUCCAAAGAUUACCCUUGUCAUUUCUCCAUUACUCUCGCUAAUCCAAGAUCAGCAAGAACAGAUGAAUGCCUUUCGUGCGCAAUCUUGCAUCAGCUUUACCUCCGGCAUGGGCCAAGCCUUGCACACACAAAAUUGGAACCGGGUUCGGGAUCCCAAUGGUGGAGUCUUGAUGAUGAUAGUAACACCCGAAAAGGUGACUGCCUCCAACAAGCUCAAGUCCGAGUUGCAAAAACUACACCAACAAAAUCGAUUGGGACGAAUCGUCAUUGACGAAUGUCACUGCGCCUGUCAAUGGGGCCACGACUUUCGGCCCGAUUAUGCCAAACUAGGCAUACUCAAACAUCAAUUUCCAUCAGUACCAGUCUUGGCCGUCACGGCAACGGCCUCGGAUCGAGUCCGCAACGACUGUGCCCAAAUUCUGCGCCUCUCCCGACACUAUCGAUUCUUUCGAUCCACGGCCAAUCGACCCAAUUUGUCCUAUUACGUCAAACCAAAGGAUGGCUCGAACGAGGUCUUGGAGGAUAUGGCCCAAUUCAUCAAGGAAAAGCAUCCUACUUCGGCUGGAAUUAUCUAUGCCUAUUCCAAAAAGGAUGCGGAUACGGUUGCAGACGAAUUGCAGGAACGGGGAAUCAUUGCCGAGGCCUAUCACAGCGAAGUCAGUGUGACCAAAAAGCAGGCUAUCCAUCGGAGUUGGAUGCGGAACCAAACCCAAGUAGUUGUCGCCACCAUUGCUUUUGGAUUGGGUAUCAACAAGCCCGAUGUGCGAUUUGUUCUCCAUCACACCUUGUCCAAAACGUUAGAAGCUUACUAUCAGGAGUCUGGGAGAGCAGGAAGAGAUGGCAAACCAGCCGAUUGCAUCUUGUAUUACUCGCCCAAGGAUGUGCCCAGAUUGAUCAAAAUGAUUAACGGGGAACGAACAGAGACAUUGUUCAAUGGAAUGAUCAGGUAUGGGCAGCGAUUUGGCAACGAUACCAUUUGUCGCAUGACCAUACUGGAAAGUUUGGGAGAAACGGGCGAAAGCGAUUUCUCGGGAACCCUAAAACGAUAUGACACUUCAGGUACCCAUGAAACCAUUAGUUUGGAGGGUUCUGGAGUUUUGAAGGAUAUUACGGCACAUGCCAAGACCCUGUUGCAGCUCUUGUUUCUCAAGCAGGACGAUAAAUUGACCAUGCCCAUGCUCUUGAAGGAAUGGCGGGCCAAACCGGAUGGAGCACCGGAAUGCGUCCAAAAUAAUCCACCUGGUAAAGAACUUUCCGUCCCCGAUUGUGAACAAGUCAUUGUACAGCUCUUGAUGGACGAUUAUAUCAAAGUUGAUGUCAAGUGGUCAAAAUACGAUUCCAUCAUUUACUUGAGAUGUACAAGAAAGGCGGAAGACUUUUUGGUGUCUGGCAACUCGAGAGCUUUCAUUCGAGUUCCUACGCGAGUGGCACGGGCCAAAAUCCCUCGGGCAUCUACUGGCGGCAGUACUGCCAAACGAAAAAAGGCAACCACCACCAAGAAGCGUCGGGCAUCCACUGGGUCCACUCGUCGACGUUCUUCUUCGGCAACUGGAAAGCGACGUAAAACAACCAAAGCAAAGUCGACUGGUAAAGGUCGUGGCAAGAAGGCUCGGACCUUUCCUUCCAGCCAAAUCCAAACGCUUGACAAGUUCCUUUCACAACCUGCAGCCGAGCCAGAGGUCAUUGAAUUGGAAGAUGAUUCCGAAUCGGAAAUUGAGGAAACCUUUGACGAAGGGCCGCGGCGUGCUUCCCUGCCAGCUCGAAUGAGGCCACGGCUUUCGUUGGCCAAGAAUAGCAACGACUUAGAAGAGGAGGACGAUCUGUGGGCAAGCGAUGAGGAGGAAGAAUACGAAUUUGACGGAUAG